CAGCUGGCUUGAAGCAGCCAGCCGGACUCGGCAGCCGACAGGUUGGGAUUGUGAGGGCAGCUGAGAGAGUGAGAGAAGCCCUGUGGGCUGACAGGAAGACUAAAAGUAGCAGGUCCUCCACUUUGAACCCCUCCUCCCCACCCUGAUAUGGGGUGGCCAGGAGUUGGCCCCACAGCCUUCCUCUGUGGUGGGCUCCUCAUCGUCUUCCUCCCAAGGGAGGCAUCUGGACAGAGUAAGCAGCCAGAGAGCCAGGUGUGCUCCCGCCACAUCUUACGAAUUCCUCUCAUCUACAACGAGACGUAUGUCAAGCCUCAGCAUCAACCCUACCUGACACUGUGCCCUGGACCUCGGGUCUGCAGCACAUACAGGACCAUGUACCAGGUAGCCACGCGGCAAGUGAAGAAAGAGAUCCUGCAGACCAAUGCCAUCUGCUGCCAAGGAUGGAAGAAACGGCACGUGGGCGACCAGAAGUGUGAAGAAGCUGUCUGCCACAAACCAUGUCAGAACGGAGGCACCUGCGUCCAACCAAACCAGUGCCAGUGCCAGCCGGGCUGGGGGGGACGAUACUGCCACGUGGAUCUGGACGAAUGCCGGGCACCUGUCCCGUUGUGUGCACAACAGUGCUUUAACACCCCAGGGAGCUACUAUUGCCAGUGUGACCCUGGCUACAUGCUAGCUCCAGGUGGGAAAAACUGCCACCUGAUUCCUACGGCCCAAGCUGCCUCAGGGCCCAGCAGCAAAGGGGUGCGUGUGUGGAGAGACAAGGGUGCUGAGAAUUGGGGAGACGAAGAGGCUGAGGAGCAAAAUCUAGGGCCUGCUUCUCACGGCAAACACACAGAACAAAUUUUGGAGACGCAGGAGAGGAUUUCCAGUGAGGUCCAGGAACUGCAAGGGAAACUAGAGCAACUGGAGAAGCGUCUGGAUCGCGCAGUUUCUGCCUUGCCGCCCCCCAUGGAACCCACCCAGCUGAAAGAGAUGUGGACUCGCCUUCAGUACCUCGAUCAGGUGGAGUCCCUCAGCGACCAGCUCCUCUUUCUCGAAGAGAAACUGGGUGACUGUGCCUGUCAGAAUGGCAAAAACGGCUUUGGCUACGAUAUCGCCCGGUGAUGCCCUGACUCGGUAUGGAUUUCGAGGUCAACCCCUCUGCCUGCCUUGAUGACUCCUAACUAUAUCGGCAGUAGCCGCGUGGCACUCCCAUUAACACCUGGCCCUUUAUGCUAAAUGAACACCGCUGGGUAAUUCCUUAAAAGCAACUUUUACAGAGUUGAGGGGGACACUCUCAGGUGAAUAAAUGAGGGUUGGAGACUCUGGAGGCAAGUUUCUGACUUGCACAGGGUUCUUCUAGGAGUAUUGCAGGGCACAGCAAGACACCCGGCCCAGAGGUGGGAUCCAACCAGUUCUCGCCACUUCUCUAGAAGCGGUUACUCAUUUUUUCUGAGUGCCGAGAAGGGGUUACUAAAGCAACCUCCCUGCCCAAUAGGGACUGGAGGUGCGUGUGUGCGACGGCGCCACUGUUUGAAUCCCACCACCAUCGGAACCUGUUAUUAAAAUUUUUGGAUCCCACCACUGACCCAGCCUGCUCCAGACUGCUUCAAAGCCAUUUAAGCCCUCUUAAGUUCAUUAAGGUACAAGCUGAACUCUCCCAACUUAGAUCAAAAGCUACGUAAAGUGUUUUGCUUGAGUUGGAUCGUUUCCAUUUAAAAAAGGAAGUAAAAAUCAAGUAGCCAGUCAAAACAGUACUUUGACUGAGGCCUUCAUAUACCAAAAAGAGUAAUUCCCCCCUCUUAAAUUUCCUUGCCAAAACCCAGAUUUGGUAUUGCUCUGUUAGUUUUUUUUGUUUCCAACGCCUUGUUUCUGUUGGGUCAUGUCACCGGGUCCCUCCAGCAAAGCCAGCACCAGCAACACCAUUUCUCUUCCAAGUUCUGUUUGGAAAACCACUCGAUUCUAACACAUUAAUGUUCUGUUUGAAGUGUUAAUAUAUUAUUAGUCGUGUAUUUAACUUGCCCCUGAUCACGGCCCUGUACAUGGCAAAGGGGUAGCUGUGUUGGUCUGAAAUAGCAACAGGAAACAAAAAUCCAGUGGCUAACAAUGUUUAUUUAAAUGGUGCCCUCCCCUUGCCCUCUCAACAUGCCCUAGAAAAAUUCCCCAGUCUGGUUUUCCAUCAAAUAUCUAUCUGAUAAAGUAGGCUGUGACCCGCAUAACUUCAUGCAGAAAUAAAUGUCGCUAGUCUUUAAGGUGCCACUAGAUUUUUGUUUCAAACUGCUUGUCAGUCAGUGCAGUGCUUCCCAAGGUUGCUUAUGGAACUCACUGCUACUGGAUUCUGAAAUGUCUCCAGAGAAGAUGGCUUUUACGGAAGGCCCAGGCAAAUCCCAGCUGUUAGGGAGCCUGUGAAGCGUAGCGGUUAAGAGUGAUGCACUAGGAUCUGGGGGAUCCGUUCAGCCACAGAAACUUGCUGGGUGGCCUUGGGCCUGUUAUGCACACUCUGCCGAACUGCCUCACAGGGGUGUCGUGAGGAUAAAACAGAAAAGAAUUAAUUAAGUAGUUGCGGAGAAAGGCAGGUUAUAAAUGAAGUAAAUCAGUAUUAUUUACAGAGGCUCCAAUGGUGUUAACUGGGCAUGCCUAAAUGUCAAUGAAACUAGUUCGCCACAACCAGAUUUAAAUCCAAUUAUGCCUAGGUCCAUUUCCUUUACGCUGCCAGAGGGUAGCUGCGUUGGUCUGCUGUAGAAGAGCUAGAUUCAAGUCCAGCGGCACUUUAGAGACCAACAAGAUCUUCAGGUGAUGAGUUUUUCCCCCUGAGGCGGAGGACAUCUUGUUGAGUGAUUCCCACCGUCCAAUCAGGGAGGCAGGAUUAACUCUCCUUGCUUCCUUUUUGCUGUGGGAGUUACCACAGCGUUUGACAAGAGGAAGCUCAGACUCUUGUUGGUCUCCGUGGUGUUACUGGACUCAACUCUAGUUGUUUUACACAACUGUGCUUGACUGGUAGCAACUCUCCAAGGCCUCAGGCUUCCCCAACACCCAGGUGCCUUUUUAACCUGGGAAUGCCAAGGACUGAACUUUGGGCCACCUUUUCACAAACCUAUGGACCUCUUGGUAGUUUCUACUAGAGUUGCGUCCAUUAGCACCUCAGAGACUGACGAGAUCCUCAGGGGACGGGCUUUGACUCUCAAAAGGCAAAUCUCGUACCUGACAAAGGGAGCAUCGACAAGUCGAAACCACAUACCCUGAAACUCUUGUUGGCCUCUAAAGUGCCGCUGGACCCGAAUUUAGAAAUCCUACUGCAGACAAACACGGCUACCCUAAGAAACGCUCUUGGUGGUUUCGGGGGCACUUCGCUGUAACGAGCAGACCAAAUAGCCCAGCUUAGCCGGUCUGUCAGAACUUUUUUUUUAGCUGAGCAGUGGAUGGGAGACCCUCCAAGGAAGACAAGAGUCGCUAUGCGAAGGAAGUGAGUGGUAAACCACCUCUGAAUGCCUCUUGCCUUGAACACUCUGCAGAUGGGGCUACUAUGAGUCAUCUGCGAUCCGGUGGCACAUUUAUCCAUUCAUUAGCUGUGACUAAUUUAGCUGGACUGUGGCCAGAUCCUACCAGUGAAGCCAUUGUGCUGCAGAAGGGAGACCUGGGCUCCAUCUGCACCCAUGACGCUCGCUGUAUCCCUUGAGACUCUGUGCCGUCUCUCACUGAAGCUGAAACAAACCGAUCUACACAAACUGCCGUGAAUUCUUAGCACUGGGCCUCCAAGAUAAUGGGAGGCUUGUGAAUUCGUUCCCUGGAUUGGAGCAUUCUGUGGAAAGCUGGCAGCUACUGUUGAAGCCCAGAAAACUGUUUUCGACUGUCAUUCACAGUUUAUAUAUCCAUGUAAAUCAAAUUAAAAAUACAUUUAAAACAUA